GAGGACCAGGCCUUCCUUGUGAACCAGCUCUACAGUCAAGGGGGCCUGCCUGAUGUAGGCAUCGGCGACUCCCUCCUGCGGUACUCUGGGCUCAACGCGUCGGUCGUGCUGCUGGACCACUCUGCCCAGCUGCUGGCCUUCGUGGAUAGCCAGGCCCCGGCCUACGUUGCCAGCCUUGGUGCAACUCUCGCCGGCCUGAGCAGUGUGCCCAACGCAGUGGGCAUUGGUGCUCUGGUGGUCUCCAUGAUCUUAGAGAUCAGCGCAGCCGGUCUCUUGGAGCCCCAGCCAAACGCUACCGGAUGCACGUGGGGGCUAGCGAGCGCCUGCUGAAUGACACACGGCGUCUGGAGGCCGAGCUCAGUGUCCAGCUGACUCGUCUGAAGAACUCCAUGCUGCAUGACGGCCACAUGAGCUCGCGGGCACUCAAGCACGGGGUCAACGGAGCCACCUUCCACUCCCAGAUGCUGGUGCACCAAGCCCGUCUGGAGCAGGACAAUGGGACAGCUGCCCAUGCGGCUCUGGGCUCCUACCUGCAGGAACUACACCCCCUGCUGGCCGAGUACAGGAGGUACAGAAGCUCCAGCCUAGAAAUGGUGAAAGAUUGGUUCGGUUCUUGUCACAAGAGGGAGCGAAGGAGGAGGCAGCUGUGUAUUGGGGAUUGUUGGCCAAUGUUCAGUUUGUGACAAAGAGACUGGCGAGACACUAAGUGUUCCACUCCAAAACAAAGAUGGAUGGUUUCUACCAAGAAGCUAUUGCCAACAGAUCAAAGAGGCCUACAUCAAUCACACAUCCUCAAACUAAGACCAGAUCACAGGCAUGAAGGGCUAUUUCACAGCCAUUCACGGGAACCUGACCAACCUUAUAGCUCAGCGUGGCAUCUUCCAUGUUCCCACACAACUAUCUCUAGUAAACCAAACCCAACCCAGGCAACAGGGUUGGAGUUGAUACACCGGUAUACAGAUGGAAAUGUAUUAAUAAAGAUGAUCAAGUCACCCAGAAACCCCUAUUCCAUGAUUGGAAGAUAACUAAUCUAAUUGAUUUCAAAUACGAAGCUCUGACUUGAGCGUGUGUGUGUGUGUGUUCAGUGUGUGUGUUUGUGUGUGUGUUUGUUCAGUGUGUGUGUGUUUGUGUGUUCAGAAUGUGUGUUUGUGUGUGUGUUUGUUCAGUGUGUUUGUGUGUUCAGUGUAUUUGUGUGUAUGUGUGGGGGGGGGGGCUCUGAUUUGUGUGUUCCUGGCAAAACUCCCACUGAGAACAAGGUCAAAGUGCCCAAAUCAAAUCAAAUCAAAUGUUAUUUGCCACAUGCGCCGAAUACAGCAGGUGUUGACAUUACAGUGAAAUGCUUACUUACAAGCCCUUAACCAACAAUGUAGUUUUUAAGAAAAAAAACAAACAAACUAAUAAUUAAAGAGCAGCAGUAAAAUAAAAUAACAGUAGGGAGGUUAUAUACAGGGGGUACCGGUACAGAAUCAAUGUGCGGGGGCACUGGUUAGUAGAGGUAAUUGAGGUAAUAUGUACAUGUGGGUAGAGUUAAAGUGACUAUGCAUAAAUAAUAAACAGAGUAGCAGCAGCGUAAAAGAGGGGGUUGGGGUGGCGUGGGGACCUAGACUUGGCGCUCCGGUACCGCUUGCCGUGCAGUAGCAGUGAGAACAGUCUAUGACUAGGGUGGCUGGAGUCUUUGAUAAUUGUUAGGGCCUUCCACUGACACUGCCUGGUAUAGAGGUCCUGGAUGGCAGGAAGCUUGGCCCUAGUGAUGUACUGGGCCGUACGCACUACCCUCUGUAGUGCCUUGAGGUCGGAGGCCGAGAAGUUGCCAUACCAGGCAGUGAUGCAACAAGUCAGGAUGCUCUCGAUGGUGCAGCUGUAGAACUUUUUGAGGAUCUGAGGACCCAUGCCAAAUCUUUUCAGUCUCCUGAGGGGGAAUAGGCUUUGUCGUGCCCUCUUCACGACUGUCUUGGUGUGUUUGGACCAUGAUAGUUUGUUGGUGAUGUGGACACCAAGGAACUUGAAGCUCUCAAGCUGUUCCACUACGGCCCUGUCGAUGAGAACGGGGGCGUGCUCAAUCCUCUUUUAUUCCCUGUAGUCAACAAUCAUCUCCUUUGUCUUGAUCACGUUGAGGGAGAGGUUGUUAUCCUGGCACCACACAGCCAGGUCUCUGACCUCCUCCCUAUAGGCUGUCUCAUCAUUGUCGGUGAUCAGGCCUACCACUGUUGUGUCGUCGGUAACCUUAAUGAUGGUGUUGGAGACGUGCCUGGCCAUGCAGUCAUGGGUGAACAGGGAGUACAGGAGGGGACUGAGCACGCACCCCUGAGGGGCCCCCGUGUUGAGGAUCAGCGUAGAAUAUGUGUUGUUACCUACCCUUACCACCUGGGGGCGGCCCGUCAGGAAGUCCAGGAUCCAGUUGCAGAGGGAGCUGUUUAGUCCCAGGGUCCUUAGCUUAGUGAUGAGCUUUGAGGGCACUAUGGUGUUGAACGCUGAGCUGUAGUCAAUGAAUAGCAUUCUCACGUAGGUGUUCCUCUUGUCCAGGUGGGAAAGGGCAGUGUGGAGUGCAAUAGAGAUUGAAUCAUCUGUGGAUCUGUUGGGAUUAUCUUAGUGUUCUUGGGCACAGGUAUUACACACUCCGUCAGGGACAUGUUGAAAAUGUCAGUGAAGACACUUUCCAGUUGGUCAGCGCAUGCUCGGAGUACACGUCCUGGUAAUCAGUCUGGCCCUGCGGCCUUGUGAAUGUUGACCUGCUUAAAAGUCUUACUCACAUCGGCUACAGAGAGCAUGAUCACUUAGUCAUCCGGAACAGCUGAUGCUCUCAUGCAUGCUUCAGUGUUGCUUGCCUCAAAGUGAGCAUAGAAGUGAUUUAGCUCGUCUGGUAGGCUUGUGUCACUGGGCAGCUCGCGGCUGUGCUUCCCUUUGUAGUCUGUAAUAGUUUUCAAGCCCUGCCACAUCCGACGAGCAUCAGAGCCGUUGUAGUAUGAUUCAAUCUUAGUCCUGUAUUGACUCUUUGCCUGUUUGAUGGUUCGUCGGAGGGCAUAGCGGGAUUUCUUAUAAGUGUCCAGGUUAGAGUCCCGCUCCUUGAUAGUCAUAGCUCAUGCAUGUCACUCUGUCACCAUGACCACAGGAAAGGUAAUGGGAUCACAAACACACACACACACACACACACAUACACACACACACACACACACACACACACACACACACAGCAGGGGUGGUAAGGGGACCAGACAGGAAGGUUAAAUAUUUAAUCAUAGGAUAGGAAUAGGCUGAAUGUUCCAGAUAGAUAUAUAAACAGCCUGCCCUUUCAGACUCCCUCCAGCCUCCACUACACAAUGACAAGGAGGUCCCUUAUCUUAAAGGUAAGGUAGCAUAAACGUAACCACAUGUAACAUAUGGAUUUGCAUUAGAAUACGCAUCAAAAGUCCCAAUGCAAAGUUACACCUGACUUUUCAAUUUUUUUGUUAUUACAUAAAACUGAUCAGAAUUCCGAAGAAUGCCAAAGAAUGCCGGAAAAAACAUUUGAUGGGUGUGACGUAAUAUGGAGGACCAGGCAAGCCAGCCUAUUCCCUAUAAUGUAAACUCCAACAGAAAUAACUUCAAAUGUAUAACUUCAAAUUAAACCAAAUUGAUUGCACUCAUGACUACUGGUUUCUAUUUCUAUUUUCAGCCAACUUACAAGCAAAUACUUUAUGAAUGUAUUGUUACAAAUCCACUUGCAAGAUUGCUAGCCAACUCGCCUGCUAACGUUACGAUGCUAUCAACACCUAGCUUACAGCUACAUUAAAGUAAACCAAAGUUUUCUAAAUAUAUAACGCCAUCUAACCAGUUAUCAAAUAAUGUUACCGGUAUAUGCAUUUAUCUUAGCCAGCAAGCCAGCCAGCCAGCUAAAGUUAGUUAUUUUAGCCUGCUAGCUAGCCAGCUAACUAACCUAACUAGCCAACCACCAUGGUCUAAAUAGCUAAGUAGUAAGCCAGAGAACAACUAGUCUAGCACAGACAGGAACUCUCAUUCCAAAUCCUGCCAUCCACUGGUUAUACUAAGCUUCAAAGCUUGCUUCUCGUUUUUGAGACACAAAUUAUUGGACCACAAAUGAGUCAUAACCCUGUCAUUGUGGGUAUUACUGCACUAUGUGGGUAUUACUGAACUAGCUACAAACAGCUACUACAAUACUCACUCGCUCAAUCGACUACCACUAGCCAAACGCACAGGAGAAAAAUAGUUGCAGUUUUUAAUUUAUGUACAUAGUAGCUCACCAGCGCCAACACUUGGUUUGGAAUGUAAUUACACGCUAGCAUGGGUAGUAGCUACCGAUAGCCAGCUGGAACUAGCUAGGUAGCACUAUUUCGUUGAGAAAUAGUGCAUUGUGGGUAGUUCUGAAGAUAUCCGGAAAUAAGUUAAUAAAUAUGUAAAAACGCUAAAACAUAACUAUGUUUGUAGUUAUAGGUAACCAGAUUGUGACUACAACUAAGUUACUGAGUCUUUGACCACACUGUGUUGUUACUUUGGUGAGUAAAAAUUCAUGCUUCCUACCCUUUAACAGGAUCUUGCCUAUCUAUUUAGAUAAGGUUGAGUGUAUUUGAAUGUCAUAGAGUGGCACGUUCAAUGGUUAAAAGCAGUGAUUGGAACCGGUUCAGGGUACAGAACCGAAAACCGGAAAAUAACGAAAUUUUUCAAGGAACAGAAACGGUUAAUAACAUUGUUACGUUCCAGACAUUUUCUUCUAGUCCCACAAAAUAAUGCAACAAAACGCCUAUGCUAAGCCCUCACUCUUUCACUCAGAAAUGUAUUCCAGUGUAUGCCUGCCUGCUGAAAAUCUUUGCCUGUGUGUGUGUUUAGGCGACCUGCCCCUCCCCCCUAUGAAGCAUAGGCUACUGCAGGGGUUCCCAAACGUUUUCACUCAGGGCCCCCCUUCCAGCAUUGGGGAACAUCCCGUGUGCUGUCUACUCAACUUAAAUUCUGGUCAUGGUUAGGAUGGCCCCAGACUGUGUGACUUUCAAAAUGCUCUGUUUUGAGUGAUAGUUUUAUGUAUCCUGAAAGCUGGGGUGGGAACAUGUUUUGUUUGGACCUACCUCUCUCUUUCCAAAUCCAAUGCUGUGCUGACCACAGACUCUAAUGAUGCUAACAGUUCAACAGCAUCCCAUGUGUUUUAAGCUAUUAUCUGUAAUUAAUGAUGAUGAACAUACAGUGAGGGAAAAAAGUAUUUGAUCCCCUGCUGAUUUUGUUUGUUUGCCCACUGACAAAGACAUGAUCAGUCUAUAAUUUUAAAGGUAGGUUUAUUUGAACAGUUAGAGACAGAAUAACAACAAAAAAAUCCAGAAAAACGCAAGUCAAAAAUGUUAUAAAUUGAUUUGCAUUUUAAUGAGGGAAAUAAGUUUUUGACCCCUCUGCAAAACAUGACUUAGUCCUUGGUGGCAAAACCCUUGUUGGCAAUCACAGAGGUCAGACGUUUCUUGUAGUUGGCCACCAGGUUUGCACACAUCUCAGGAGGGAUUAUGUCCCACUCCUCUUUGCAGAUCUUCUCCAAGUCAUUAAGGUUUCGAGGCUGACGUUUGGCAACUUAAACCUUCAGCUCCCUCCACAGAUUUUCUAUGGGAUUAAGGUCUGGAGACUGGCUAGGCCACUCCAGGACCUUAAUGUGCUUCUUCUUGAGCCACUCCUUUGUUGCCUUGGCCGUGUGUUUUGGGUCAUUGUCAUGCUGGAAUACCCAUCCACGACCCAUUUUCAAUGCCCUGGCUGAGGGAAGGAGGUUCUCACCCAAGAUUUGACGGUACAUGGCCCCAUCCAUCAUCCCUUUGAUGCAGUGAAGUUGUCCUGUCCCCUUAGCAGAAAAACACCCGCAAAGCAUAAUGUUUCCACCUCCAUGUUUGACGGUGGGGAUGGUGUUCUUGGGGUCAUAGGCAUCAUUCCUCCUCCUCCAAACACGGUGAGUUGAGUUGAUGCCAAAGAGCUCGAUUUUGGUCUCAUCUGACCACAACACUUUCACCCAGUUCUCCUCUGAAUCAUUCAGAUGUUCAUUGGCAAACUUCAGACGGCCCUGUAUAUGUGCUUUCUUGAGCAGGGGGCGCGGGCGCUGCAGGAUUUCAGUCCUUCACGGCGUAGUGUGUUACCAAUUGUUUUCUUGGUGACUAUGGUCCCAGCUGCCUUGAGAUCAUUGACAAGAUCCUCCUGUGUAGUUCUGGGCUGAUUCCUCACCGUUCUCAUGAUCAUUGCAACUCCACGAGGUGAGAUAUCGCAUGGAGCCCCAGGCCGAGGGAGAUUGACAGUUAUUUUGUGUUUCUUCCAUUUGCGAAUAAUCGCACCAACUGUUGUCACCUUCUCACCAAGCUGCUUGGCGAUGGUCUUGUAGCCCAUUCCAGCCUUGUGUAGGUCUACAAUCUUGUCCCUGACAUCCUUGGAGAGCUCUUUGGUCUUGGCCAUGGUGGAGAGUUUGGAAUCUGAUUGAUUGAUUGCUUCUGUGGACAGGUGUCUUUUAUACAGGUAACAAGCUGAGAUUAGGAGCACUCCCUUUAAGAGUGUGCUCCUAAUCUCAGCUCGUUACCUGUAUAAAAGACACCUGGGAGCCAGAAGUCUUUCUGAUUGAGAGGGGGUCAAAUACUUAUUUCCCUCAUUAAAAUGCAAACCAAUUUUUAACAUUUUUGACAUGCGUUUUUCUGGAUUUUUUUGUUGUUAUUCUGUCUCUCACUGUUCAAAUAAACCUACCAUUAAAAUUAUAGACUGAUCAUUUCUUUGUCAGUGGGCAAACGUACAAAAUCGGCAGGGGAUCAAAUACUUUUUUCCCUCACUGUAUAGGCCUCUUUUACUAGGCUAUGGUUUUGAGAGACACCUACCCAUUGGGACCCGUCAUUCAGGGCAGGUGCAGAGCCCCACCUGUUUUGAGCCACCUGUUUAGCCAAAAAAUAAAUAAUGUGUUGCCUGUUUUACAUGUUAUUUUGCCAUUAAUACGUGUCACAAAUCAGUUUGCAAACAAUGUAAAAAAUAAAUAUUUGAGUUAAUAAAGCUGCAUAUAAACAUGGUCUCUUUUUUGCUUUCUUGAGUAAGGCAGCUCCAAAAUGCAGGUAUUUCAGCCUAGCUCAGUGCUUUCUGUGGUGGUGGGGCAGCCAGCUGAAAAUACGGAGCAUAGGGGUUGGUAAUGUUCUCUAGUUGUGCUGUGAUUGGCUCAGUGUUCUGUCACUCAUGGGGCCACUUCGUCACCGCAAAAUCUACAGGGAGAGCAAAAAAAUUCAAGCCCAUUGGGUGCUGCCAUAGAUUUACUUUAGAAGUGCCCAUCCAAGAAGGCUCAAGGUCUUUGGCCACAGAUAAAAUGACGUCAAAUCACCUUAUAUGUAUCGUAGCUUUGAUUGGACUGAUCAUGUCAUCAUCAUACUUUCAAAAUCUUAGCUAGCAUGCUAGACAAGCAGUCAUCAUCAUGAAUCAAGUUGACAAUCUACUGGCAAAUCCUUUUCAAUCCUUGUCAUAUGAAGAGAAAUUAUAGAUAAAACAUAACGGUGCUCAUCAGCCAUUGGGCAUAAACAUUACACAACAAGUAGGAAAUCGCAAAUUCAACAAUGAGUGGUUUGGAAGGAAUCAGUGGCUAACUGCAAGUGUUGCAAAGCAAUCACUAGCCUGCUAUUCAGUGGAGUGGGUGUGUGGUCCAAGUCUGGGUUUAAGGGUCUCUUUUCCAACCUUAAAAUUAUAAACAUUCACAUGCCAUCGGCCAGAAAAGGUUGAAUACAUUGGCCAUGCUGUCAAUCCAGCAUGACUUCUGCUGCGUUCAAAACAACUGUAAACUCUGAACUGGGAAAUCUCAGACUUCAGUGAGUUCAAGACAACUGGGAACUGAAAAAAAUGAACUCUGACUGGGAAAAUACGUUUUGAACGGUCAUCCAACGGUCGGGAACUCUGGCCUCUUUCUAGAGCUCCGUCUUGAAGAUCACUGACAUAAUGAUUCGACCUUGUUUUUUUCCCCAGAGUUCCCAGUUGUCUUGAAAGCACUAUACAUCCAAAGAAUGCCAGACUUAGAUUACAAAGUUUGAUGACAAAAUGUGGCCACAAGAAGGACCGCAGCGCCACCUUCCUGUUCAAGUGAGGAUAGCACAACAAAGUGAGUCCCAAAAUGUAUUGUAUGCUGCUGCAUAAAUGAUGUAAUAUGCCAGGGAGAUAUGUAUACUGUAGCUAAAAAAGUAAUACUAAGUGUAUGUUGUGUAGUAAGCUGUUAGUAGCCCAUGUGCCUCACCCUAAUAAUUUGGUCCCUUUUCCCCUCUUAAUGUCGCCUACUGUUCUGACUUGGUGGUGCACAUGUAGCCUAUAGACUGUUUUAGAGAAAUGUAAUCAUCAAAUAUUGUAAGAGCUUUCAUUGUCUGCUUAUAUGCCCCCUUUAUUUUUCCUACGGUUCUGACUUGGUGUACAGGGAGAAUACUGUAAGAACCGCCCAUGUUAUGAAUUCUGCCUUACAUUUCAAAAGCGCUGAACAAAUAGUAACUAUAUUGACUAUGACCGUCCUAGCUCGCUCAUUAAUGUCUUAAUCGAAAUUACGGAUUGCCUUUUAUUCGCUUAUCAUCCACUUAUGCCAUAGUUUAUACAUCUCAAUUGUCAGUAGAAACCACAUUUGUUUAAGCAAGUCAGCCAUAUCAGCUAUGUUUUUUUUAAAGGCAGUAAAUGAGGCUGAAUUAACUGUUUCGCUGCUAGACAAGGCUCCGCUGAUAGCCAGGUGUAGCAGUGGUAAGGUGUUAGUACUGCUGUUGGGACUCUGCUGUUGGGACAGCUUUAUGUAGGCCCUAACCGUUUGUGGGCACCGUUCGUCACCGUUAUUGUGUAAUUAAUGUAUUGUUUAGUGCUGUGUUGUGUUGUGUUGUGUAGUGGCUUAGCUGGCAUGCAGCAAAACAAAUUGGGGAGUUUGCAACACCAAGAUUUAGAUGUUAAAAUCGCCACUGCACCUACCUCACCACCGUGUCCGUCAAAUAUCCCAAAUAUAGACGGGUGACUCUUGUUGGUGAUGUCGGUGAGUACCUCGAAUCGGUCCUCCAUGUGGUCGCGCCGCCCCUGAAUGGAGUACACUGCUACAUUGUUGUUUUUGAAGUCCCAUGUUUUGGAGAAUUCAGCGUUUAGGACGUUCAGGCCCCCCAACCUGUCGUUUUGCAUGAUCUCCGCCACUUUCCCCUUCACCAUGUUCACGGCAUCCCGGCUGGACUUGACGAUGGUCUUCACCUCGUCCGUGUGGAAGAAGUAA